GCGGAGGGUGAUGUGGCAGCCCUGAACCGCAGGAUUCAGCUGGUGGAGGAGGAACUGGAUCGGGCUCAGGAACGGCUGGGAACUGCACUGCAGAAACUGGAAGAAGCGGAGAAAGCAGCAGACGAGAGUGAGAGAGGCAUGAAGGUAAUCGAGAACCGCGCCAUGAAGGAUGAGGAGAAGAUGGAGAUCCAGGAGAUGCAGCUAAAGGAGGCCAAGCACAUCGCCGAGGAGGCUGACCGCAAAUACGAAGAGGUGGCCCGUAAACUGGUGAUUCUCGAGGGUGAGCUGGAGCGCGCGGAAGAAAGAGCUGAAGUCGCUGAAUGCAAAGCUAGUGAUUUGGAGGAGGAAUUGAAAAACGUUACCAACAACCUUAAAUCCCUAGAGGCUCAGGCAGAGAAAUACUCAGAAAAAGAAGACAAGUAUGAAGAAGAAAUCAAAGUUCUUAGUGACAAGCUGAAGGAGGCCGAGACCCGUGCAGAGUUUGCAGAGAGGACAGUGGCCAAACUGGAAAAAUCCAUUGAUGACCUUGAAGAAAAAUUAUCUUCUGCAAAAGAAGAAAACCUGGGAAUGCACCAAGUGCUGGAUCAAACACUUCAGGAGCUGAACAGCUUAUAAAGCAAGACGAUGAGAGAAAACGACGUCCAUCUUAAAACAUUCCACAAAUACUCUCCUUCAUUCCAACUCGCAAACUAUUGAGCCCUAUUUUCUCACAGAAUAAUAAUUUAAUUUUUGGUCUGAGGUAUUUCUUUUAUGCUUUUUCUUUUCUCGACUUGGCUCGACAACUUUCAAAAAUUAGCCAAACGAUGAGGUGCUAUAUCUGAGUUUUCCUGUUUUAAGUAACUUAAUAAAUGUCAUACCUCAUGGGAAAGUGAACAUUCAUGUGCUCGAGCAAAAAAAAAAAUCACUUGAAGUUGUGCUAUUGUGUAUUCUGAAGAACCGAAGAAGUUAUGAAGGCGUUUGAAGCGCAGUUUGGCGUUUUUCAUAAUUACAACAUGCGCGCCAUCUACUGGUCAACAUGCUGCAUUGCAGUUCAUUACUCCAUUGAUAAUGCACCAUGGUAUGUAUACAUUUAUAUUAAAGUACCAGGUUAACUUUGUGGAGCCAACACAAAAUGAAGACCAAACAAAGACCAAAGAAAUAUUAGCUAUUCCUGAAACUUUUUUUGUGAAUUUUCUUUUUUUUCCCCUGUCAAAUGAGUAUUUCAAAAUGCCUCAAAAGUUUCUUUUUCCACUUUCUGUGUAAUAAAUUUUUAUAAAAAGUC